AUGGCGGCCUCUUCGUCGUCCUCAAACAGCGAGCAACAGUACUCGCUCAGAUGGAAUGACUUCCAUUCGAGCAUACUCAGCUCAUUUCGGCAUUUACGUGAUGAAGAGGAUUUUGUUGACGUUACACUCGCCUGCGAUAGUAACAGUUUCACUGCACACAAAGUUGUAUUGUCUGCUUGCAGCCCCUACUUCCGAAGACUUUUAAAGGCAAAUCCAUGUCAGCAUCCAAUAGUUAUUCUCAGGGACGUUGCGUCGUCAGACAUGGAGUCAUUAUUAAGGUUCAUGUAUCACGGAGAAGUCCACGUAGGUCAGGAACAACUAGCGGCCUUUCUCAAAACCGCUCAGAUGCUUCAAGUAAGAGGACUUGCGGACGUUAAAAGCAGCACCGCAGGAGCUAAAAUUCCAUCUGGAUCUGAGGCGCGAGAUCACACGGAAUCACCGGUGACGUCGAGGAACACGUGGCAUGACCGAGGUGAUCCAAGUGACAGCGGUCUAAGUCCACCACCAGAAAAAAGGUCCAAAAGUUAUUCACCUCCAGUGGGAAAUCACCUCGAGCAGCUGAAAGGCGCCGCUGCUGAUCUCCAGGAAUCGCUUUUAGGACAGGCUCUUGAAGGGGGACCUACGAUACACACACCGAAUAAUGAUAUUAAGGCUCAAUCAACUGGCGAAGAUUCAAAUUCCGCGUCUGAUAAUGACGAAGAAAUGUCGAAUAACGACAGUAUUCUCAAUUCAGUCAAGGCCGAACCCAAUGACAUUCUCAAUGACUCUCUGGAACAUCAUCGUGGCACAUUCCCCGCGGCGCUUUUGGGACUUCAAGGAUUAAUGCCUGGACCUUCCGGAAUACACGCUGCGAAUCAGGAUCCAAAUUACGGAUCGGUGAUGCCAAUGAGGGAGGAUGUCGCAAUGAUGGGAGUCGCCGUCACCGAUCACGAGACAUCAUCUUCUCAAGCGGUGGAAAAUUUGGCCCGUCUGUACUCUGCCCUCCGGCACGAUGACAGUAAACCCCUGUGUCGUUAUUGCGGUAGAAGUUACUCCUCGCCCAGCAACCUUCGCCAGCACGUUAAAAAUGUCCACUCUAACUGGCCGCCUCCCGAAACCUGGCCGCAGUGCUCCGUUUGCGGGAAACGCUGCAAAACCAAGCACUAUCUGAUCAAUCAUCAGUUGCAAGCUCACGGGAUUCAUCAGCGACCUACUGUUAAUAAUCCCCAGCAGCAGUCGGGACAAAGACGUAAAGAUGGACCACCAGGACCAGGUGGGGGUGGUGGUGGAGGAAGAAGAGUUGGUGGAGGUGUCUUAACUUCUACAUCAGCAGCAGCCUCCUCUACUGCUUACCACCACCACGAUGAUAGGAUGUUACGGGUAAUCAAGGUCGAGGAGAUCGAUGUCGAGGAAGACUAUGAGGACCCGGUCUACCCAGCGGAAGACUCCGAGGACGAGAAGGAGGAAGACGAGGAGGAUGACGAGCCUAAACAAAUGGUAACUUGCUCUUCAAUUUCUUCUACUGCACGACAACACCAGCUGACAAGGGUCCCGAACCCCCAGUACCAGAGGCCGCCGCUCAAACGCUCUCAGCCCCAGCAUCACCGACGCAAUCUCAUCCAGUGUCCGCUCUGCGUCCGGUCUUACUAUGAUAUCGCGGACAUGCGAGCCCAUCUCGACCAUCAUUACCCCAGAGACUCGCCCACCUGUCCGGUCGUCUCGUGCGCCAAGACUUUUUCCCACCCCAACAGUGUUAGAAAUCAUAUGAGGGUUAAACACGCCGAACAGUGGGACAAAAUAAAGACACUUAGACGUGGUUUGGACAUGAUGCGGGUACGAGCGACAGAUCCGCGACCAUGCCCGAAGUGCGGUAAAAUAUACAGAUCCGCCCACACGCUGAGGACCCACUUGGAGGACAAGCACACCGUGUGUCCAGGCUACCGGUGUGUUUUGUGCGGAACAGUCGCCAAGUCCCGGAACUCCCUGCACUCGCACAUGUCACGCCAGCACCGCGGAAUCAGUACCAAGGACCUGCCAGUGUUACCAAUGCCGAGCCCGUUCGAUCCCGAGCUGGCCUCGCGACUGCUCGCCAAAGCCGGGGUGAAGGUGAGUCCCGCGGAGCUGAGAGCCCGCGCAAGUCCAACUGGCCCACGACGAAGUGACAUGCGUCUUGAGUUGCCCAGGGGGGCUCCGUCAGAAGCCGGGAGCUCCGUCUGCGGGGGCGACGACCCGGAAGACCUGACCCUACCGCUGAGCCUGAGGUACGGCUCGCCGACUCCGAACAACAACACGGUGAUCACCAAGAUCAACCAGCAGAGCAAAGCAGCCACCGCGAUAGCUGCCAAGUCCGCGAUCGAGGGCCUGAUGCACGCCCACAGUCGCGAGCCCAACACUGCGCCUUUGCACCCUGCAGGGCUGCCUCUCACGCCCAACCACCACCAGUCGAUCCUCGACACGUACUUGCAGUAUUUCGCGGAGAACAGUUUGAAUCCCUUCACGAUAAACGCCGCAGCGGUUCGCGCGAAAAUGGCCAUGUCUGGAGCCAUCGACGCGUUCGGACGCGGUGCUUCUGAUGACUAUCCCAUGAUCGGCCGCGACGAAGGCAGACCUGGUGUUGUCAUGGACGACAGGAAUGAUCACCAAGACAGAGACCGCACUGUCGAUGAUGAGGAGGCCGAGUCUUCUCAUGCCGAGGACGACGAGUUCAGCGAUAAUGACGAACCAGAAGCUCUCAAAGCCGAAGUCAGUGCUAUGCCAUCAGUUGUCUUACUCAGAAUUAUUAAUUCUGACUAA